UAUGGAGUUUAUCCUCUUCAUCUUCACACUCCUCUCGGACGGCUCUCAAACUCAAUUUGGCGACAGUACUGGGUUUCUAAAUGUGAUUUUCCGGUUUAGGUAUUGCUUUGUGAGUUUAAAGGAAUUUCUCAUGACGCAAUCAAAUGGCAAGGAAACAUGUCUGGCUGCUAUUCCGGGGGACAUGGAUCUGGUGACUGCAAUGGAGCUGACUCUAUGGAAAUUCCACUCUUUGCUGCGUGACCAGAGGUUUCAUGAAAGUGCUAAGCUCAUUGAGAAGCGUGUCGCUCAGCUAUGUCUGGUCUUGGCUGAAGACUGCAACUAACCUGAUUGUGUCAAGCUUGUUAAAGCUCUAUGUGCUGAUCAUAACAUCAUGUUGCUUACCGUUCCAAGUUACAGACUCUAGUUCUGUGUCAAACUUGUGGGGUUCUGUGGUCGAACGAGAAUGCUUUUGCCUGUUGCAGGGUUACAGAGAGGAGACAGCUGCACUCAACAUCGUUAAGAAGCAUCUAGAAUCUCACUAAACAAGCAUUAGAAAGCAUUUCAAUGUCAAAUGCAAGAAUAGAUUAUGCUUGCUUCAAGGAUUGCUCUCGGAAAUUUCUUUGGAAGUGCGGAACCAUAAGUUUUGAUGUUAUGUAGGCUCUACUCUUGGCCAACAUUUUACAGUUGUUAGACAUCAUUCAUGAUGGCUUCUUUCUAUAAAGAUUGGUCACGUCGAGAUUGUUUAUAUGUAGCUUUUGUAAACACAACUGGUAACAAGUAAAAGAAACUUCAUCUUAUCAAACUACCAGAGAGGAAGAAAGAAACAUGUGUAUUAUGUGAUUAAAAAAAAAAACAGAAAGUGGAUUUAACUUUUUUUCGGUAAAUCAUAUUACA